CGCCGUCGGGAGGGAAGUGGGCAAGGAAGUCCUGGACGGACGGCGAGGCCUCCGCCCCUCCCCUUCUCGCCGAUGAUGGUGUUGGUGAGGCGUUGUGACGACGUGGAAAGAUGGGAGACGGUUUGAGUGGAGCGGCUAAAUAACCGACUGAGGGGGCGCGUGCGUGUACGCGAGUACGUACACAUAAGUGGAGAAGGCGGCGCGCGCGCGUGCUUACAGGAGCGAGCCACGAAGGCGCGCGGUAGAGUCCCUGAGGAGAUCCCGCGGGGCACGUUAACUCGCUUUGCCCAGCUGGAGCCGGAACCCGCUGUUGUGUCCUCCUCUAAAGGAAGUUUGAGGCUUACUCAGCAGGACAAUCAGAAAUUCUAGAGUGACAUGAAAUCUUAAAAAGUGCAGACCAAAUAAUAAGAAAAUGGGAGCAGCUAGCAGCAGCAUUAAUGAGCUUCCGGAAAAUGAGUACUUAAAAAAAUUGUCGGGCCGAGAGGCAAUAUCUGAGAAUGACCCAUUCUGGAAUCAGCUGCUUUCUUUUAGCUUUAAUACCCCAACAAACAGUGCUGAGUUAAAGCUUCUGGAAGAAGCCGCUGUUUCAGUCUGCAAGGCUUUAGUGGAGAAUAAUCCUCGAACAGGAAAUCUUACGGCGCUGAUUAAAGUCUUCCUUUCUAGAACGAAAGAGUUAAAAAUUUCAGCAGAAUGUCAAAAUCACCUCUUUAUCUGGCAGGCUCACAAUGCACUGUUUAUUAUUUGCUGCCUGCUCAAAGUGUUGAUAUGUCAGAUGUCAGAAGAGGAGUUGCAACUUCAUUUUACCCACGAGGAAAGAACACCAGGCUCUUAUGGAUCAGAGUGCGAAGACCUUAUGGAAGAGUUACUGUGCUGCCUCAUUCAGCUAAUUGUUGAGAUUCCUCUUUUAGACAUAACAUACAGCAUUUCUCUAGAAGCUGUGACGACUUUGGUUGUUUUCCUCUCUUGCCAACUUUUCCACAAGGAAAUUCUGCGGGAAAGCAUCAUUCACAAAUACCUCAUGCGUGGUCGAUGUCUUCCAUACACUAGCAGACUUGUGAAAACAUUGCUAUAUAACUUCAUCCGACAAGAGAGAAGCCCCCCCCCAGGCACACAUGUCUUUCAGCCAGAGUCGGAUGGAGGAGGACUGCUGUACGAAAUUGCAUCAGGAGUAGCAACUGGCCUGUGGACAGUUUUCACAUUGGGAGGAGUGGGAAGCAAGCGUGCUCCUCAGCAGGAGGAGUCUUCACCUCUAGCUAAUCAAAGUCUUCUGCUGCUGCUUGUGCUAGCAAAUCUCACUGAUGCACCAGAUACACUAAACCCUUAUAGACAAGCUAUUAUGUCUUUCAAGAACACACAAGAUAGCACGGCUCUUCCUUCACCAAAUCCUCACACUUUCCAGAUUAAUUUUAACAGUUUAUACACCACUUUGUGUGAACGGCAGAACUCUGAUCAAGCAACCCUUCUUUUAUACAUUCUGCUGCAUCAGAACAGCAAUGUUCGAACAUAUAUGUUGGCCCGAACAGAUAUGGAAAAUCUGGUUCUGCCAAUUCUUGAGAUACUUUAUCAUGUUGAAGAAAGGAACUCUCACCAUGUUUACAUGGCUCUGAUAAUUUUGUUAAUUCUUACUGAAGAUGAUGGCUUCAAUCGAUCCAUUCAUGAAGUAAUAUUGAAAAAUAUUACUUGGUACACAGAACGUGUAUUAACAGAAAUUUCACUGGGCAGUCUCCUGAUACUAGUAGUAAUAAGAACUAUUCAGUACAACAUGACAAGAACGAGGGACAAAUACCUUCAUACAAAUUGUUUGGCAGCUUUAGCCAAUAUGUCAGCACAGUUCCGCUCACUUCAUCAGUAUGCCGCUCAGAGGAUCAUCAGUUACACCUGCCGCCACUUGCGGAGAUAUGUCUAUGUCUUGGACAAACUGUAUUUCCCCCACUCCCACUGCUCUACGCUGCAGCAUUGCUUCUCGAGCCUCAGUGACAAUGGAGAGGAACUGUUGUCUUUAACUUGUUCUCACAUUCUCAGAACGUAUGCUUCCAGCUUGUUUGCAUUGUUGUCAAAAAAGCACAACAAAGUUUUGGAGCAAGCCACACAAUCCUUGAGAAGUUCCCUCACUUCAAAUGAUUCUCCACUUCCGGAUUAUGCGCAGGACCUGAAUGUGAUUGAAGAAGUCAUUCGAAUGAUGUUAGAGAUAAUCAACUCCUGCUUGACAAACUCCUUACAUCAUAACCCUAACUUAGUGUAUGCACUGCUUUAUAAGCGAGAUCUCUUUGAGCAAUUUCGAACUCACCCCUCUUUCCAGGAUAUAAUGCAAAAUAUAGAUCUGGUGAUAAGCUUCUUUAGCUCUCGAAUCGAGCAGGCUGGGGCUGAGCUGUCAGUGGAGCGAGUUCUGGAAAUCAUCAAGCAAGGAGCUGUUGCACUGCCCAAAGACAGGCUCAGAAAAUUUCCAGAGCUGAAGUUUAAAUACGUGGAGGAGGAGCAACCUGAGGAGUUCUUCAUCCCUUAUGUCUGGUCCCUUGUGUACAAUUCUGCUGUGGCACUUUACUGGAGCCCACAAGACAUCCAGCUCUUUACUAUGGAUUCUGGCUGAAAGGGGAAGAGCCAGUCCAAACCCAGCGCUUACAUGUGACCACGACCACAACCACCCUCUCCCAGAAUGCAUCCCUUCCACCUGCAGCCUAUGAAGAAGGAAGUUUGUUACUAUUGUACAGUCCCACUGCUGUUUCCAGGGGGGCAUGGUAGGAGCCAGAAUAUUGUGGGAACUCUGACAAGAUUGUAUGCUUUUAUUUAUAUAUUUGUAAAACCAAGAUAUUUUCCAGUGCCUCUGAGCUUUAGAGUGUUAACACAAGAUGUUAGCAGUGAUCAGCUUUUUUUUUUAAAGUCAAACAGAGAACAAAGUGGGAAAAUAUAUUUUGAUUUGAGAAGUCAACAUUUGCAAGUUUAUUUCUUUAGGCUUUCUGGUUCUACUUCACCACUUUUUAAAAACUUCUUUUUUGUGUGCUAUGGGCUUCUCAUUUGAUUAUCAGAAAAAUCUUCUCCCUUUAAUGCUGUAUAUAACUGAGAAGUUGUCUGAAUUAAUGCAAUAUAAAACACAUAAUGGUAUUUCAUUUUGAGGCAGAAAGGAUAAAUCCUUGAUUUUGAUAAGGGCGACCGCUACAAUGAGGGAUUAUUUUCAACAUUAUUUUGAUAAGGCACUAAAAAUUGGUUUUGUGGCUGCUAAUACUUAUGGAAGCCCAGCAAUAUUGAGACAAGCAACCCACCAGGAAUAUCUCCAGAAUUGUAUCCAUCUCAAAAAGCAUUGUGCAAGAGGUAGUCCCACUGGGCCAUGCCCAUUCAUGCAAGUUUAAGCAUUGUAUUAUUGCAUUACAGAUUUGGUGUAUUGCACACAUUUUCAUGAACUCUUUGAAACAGUGAAGAAAAACUCUACACUGAACAGGAUAGUGAUCAGAAUCCCCCAGAAGAGAGGUGCACAUACUGUGCUUUCCAGAUAAUUGGUUUUGCCAGAGUUAUGCAGAGUUAUGUGCGUAUGAAAAAUGAAUGUCCUAUGAUAUGCUUUUUCAUAGCAAAUUGGCAAAAUAUUGUGUUUGCUAACAAACUGUGGAGAAUCAGGGGGGAAAAUUUCACAUAAAACACAAUUUUUUACAUGGAACGUGGGCUUGUGAUUAUUUUCAAAUACACAGAACCGCAUGCCAAACUGCAGAAAAAAAGGAACUGAUAAAAUACAAUAGUUUAUUGACUUGCUCAGCAUGUUCUAUUCCAGAACAAAUGUGGGACAUUUUAUUAUAUGUGGGAGGGAAAUGACACUUUUUUAAUGUGGAAUAUUUGGCUCUAUUUUUUUAACCUCCUGACUAAUAUUAAAAUUGUGUGUACCUUCCACCUAUUUAUGAGCAAGGUCCUGUAGGGUAUUCUGCACAACUGGAAAUCCCUUUUAUAUUUAUUUUAAACUGCAAACACAGAAUGACAUAUAUUAGCAUAUAGGACUUUGCACAGACACAAACUUGGUGGAAAGGCAGUAUGAAGACUGAAUUAUCAACAUUUUCAGUGUAACGUAUUUAAAAAAUUGAAAGGUGACUAAAAAUAAGUAACAUUUUAUGCUGUGCUUGGGUUUUGCUUUGUUUUUUGAUAUUUUGGUCAAACGAGGGUGAAUUCUUUGUAAUGUUUUUUGCAACCUUUAAAUAAAGGACUGUUGACUGCACAUCUUAGGAAAAGUCAAUGUGUUCAAAGUCUUCUAACUUACACAUUCUGAGGAUUGCCUAGAACAGUUGAAUUAAAUGAACUAUAGUUAAAUACCUAAUGCUGAAAGUUGUGGAAUGCUCAAGAGAACAGCUGAUGCAAAUCAGGCUGUACCAUCCUGUUGACAUUGAGCUGUUGAAUGUCACAAAAACAAGUAGCAUGUUUACUCUUAGCUUCCUUCUCACAUUUUUCACAUUGUAAUUAUGGGUUGGCAAGCUUAGAACUAGAAAAGCCGUGAUUCAUUGUCGAAACAGCAGACUAGGCCCAACACAGGUGAUGUUUUUUAUAUUAAACUUUAAUUCUGGUGUGGUUGACUCUUAGCUACUAUGAAGGUAUGUUGAUGUCCUGGAGACUGCAGUCUGGUACAUUCAUCAAUACUCCUUUGUGUCCUCCAGAUCUAUAAAGUACCAUGGUGGGGAAUCCUUUUCAGUACUUUGCAUGAAAUAAUUACUAUGUAUAAUAAA